AUGAAUUUAUAAACUUUUUGUUUUAUUAUUUACAAGCCAAAUUUGUCUUCCCUACGCACUAAUAAACUUUUUUAAAAGAUGGAUGAGAGUGAUCAUUGUGAUGUAUCAGAAUUAUCAUUCAUUCAUAAAGCAUUUCAAACAGACGAUGUCGAUGAAGUGAAGCGCAUAAUUAAGUUUACAGAGGACGUUAAUGUCACGGAUAAAUAUCAAAGAAUACUGCUUCAUUUGGCAGCAAUUCAAGGUUUUCAUAAUAUCGUAAUUGUUUUGCUAGAAAGCGGUGCUAACGUAAAUGCUGUGGAUUGCGAAAAUCGUACGCCGAUAUUCAAUGCUGUUCAACAUGGACACAAUGAAAUUGUUAAAUUAUUACUGGAGAAAGGGGCAGAUAUAUCUCUUAAAGAUAAAAAUGGCAAUACAGUCUUGCAUAUAGCGAUUGCUAACAAAUUCGUAGAGAUUGCCAUUAUUCUUAUUGAAAAAAUACCGUUUGUGGACAUAACUAAUAAGAGAGGACAGACCCCUUUGCACUUAGCUUCUCUUCUUGGUUUGGUAGAUAUUGUCAAAAGUUUGUUACGACGAGGUGCUUCUAUAGAAUAUCAAGAUGAUGAACACCAGACUCCUUUAAUAAUAUCUUUUAAGGAAGGUCAUUUAGAGAUACUAAAUCUUCUUCUUCAGAAAACUAUAAAUGAGGAUUCUUAUCAUUCUAAAAGUGAAACUAGCAAUGAAACGGACAAUGAAUAUAUACAGGUUUCGAAUGAGAUAGAAAGAUCAGAAAAAUUACAAAGAAGUAAUAUUUACCCAAGGAUUGUUGAAGUAUCAUCUAAUAUUCAUAAUUCUGCAAAUGGCUCAAACGAAAUAUCAAUAGGAGGUCAAAGUUUGUCAAUGGUGUGUAUUCCUCAAGAUAAUACAUUUGAUAAAGAUAUUAUAGAUUUGUGUGAAAUUGCAAAUGGAUUAAUGAGUUUUGCUAGUCGACUAGAUGCAAUACGAAACGUUAUGAAUCAGUUACACAUGAACGAACAAAGUUAUGAACAUAAACUAAAAACUUUAAGCGUAGAAUUACUAAACGAACAAAAGUAUAAAAAUAGAAUUGAGAAAGAUUUCGAGAAUUUCAAGUCUACGAUCGCCUCUUCAGAAAACCAAUUGAAAUGUAAUUAUUUAAAAAUUCAAAAAUUAAAAACAGAAAUGGAUAUUUUGAGAAAAAGGAUGAAAGAAGAAAAACAAACAACAUAUAAUCUUGAAAAUUACACCAAUGAGUUAAAACAGAGAGAAAUGGCUUCUUCAUCAGUAAAAACUAAGGAAGAUGAAUUGGACGAUAUAAAAACUCAGAUUAAAAAGCUGAAUGCAGAAAAUUAUUCAUCGAUUAAUCAAAGAAACUUUCUUAAUAUCGAAAUUAAUAAUAAAAUUAAUGAAAUAGAAGAAUGGGAUAAUAAAUUAGCCAUUGCAAAAAAUGAAAAGUCAAGAUUUCAGAUGCAAAUUGAAAUUUUGCAUAAAGAGAUAAAUAUGAAGCAAGAAACUUUGAAGGAUCAGUUACACAUUAACGACAAGAAUUUCCUACAAUUAAAUUUUGAAAAGGAAUCUCUUGAGAAAUGUUUAGACAUGGAAGUUAAAAAAAGACUAACAGUCGAUAAAAAAAUAGUCAUCAAAGAAAAAGAAUUACAAGAAAUGAAUGUAAAAUAUAGCAGUGUAAAAAAGGAAAUUAAUAAAAUACAACAAGUAUUAGAAAAUCAAUCACGAUUGCAUUGCAAGUCGGAACGAGAACUCCGAAAUCGAGCGGAACAAUUAAGAAAAAAUAACCAGAACCUGCUUAAAAGCAUAAACGAAUUGCCUUUAGCAUUGCAAAAUACGGAAUUUCAAUUAGAAAAAGAAAAUUCGGAAAUAAAUAGAAUAUUCACAGAUCUUCAAGAAAAUUUCGAAAAAACGGAUUUACUCUCCAGAGAUCAGAAUCAAUUGCAAUCUUUCUCCAAUCAUUAUUCUGUUUUCAAUGAAUUGGUGUCAAAUUUUGAAGAUGACAACAAGAAAACAGAUGACCAUCAUCCUAAACGAAAAUUAUUUAAUUGUUUGAGUCGGAAGUUAAAAACAAAAUCGCGCAAACAAUGGACUCUUUGAAAUCAAUCAUGGACAUAUUAAUGCAACAAUUUUCCAAAUAAAAAUGGAC